AUGUCUCGCCCUUUAAAGUUGGCGACUCUGCUUGUCGGGUACGGACCAAUCGGGCCCGGCGUCAUCGCGGCGCUCAUCCUUGACUCGCGCGAGGUUGAUAUUGCAUCGCAUGUGCACGAACUUAUAGAGGGUGUUGGCACUGACGUGAUUUGUGGCGCGGCAGAUAUGGAGAAGGCGUUCCUAGCUGUCAACCCAGCCUGCCGCGCGCAGGGGACUUUCCAAGGGUCUGGUUGGUUGGGGAUAGAAACCUGCUUUGCUGGUUAA